AUGACUGUCAUCACUUUCACUGUCUCCGUGCUGUGCCUGCUGCCUCAGGCGGUGCUGGCCCGCUGGGCUUGUGUGCGGGCGUGUCCGACCUCCUGCACCUGCACACAGGAGAAGAGCUGCAGCGUGCUGUGCGACCGCUCCAGCCUCGCUGAGUUGCCCAAAGAGUUCCCCUGCGAGGCCUCCGCCAUCAACCUGGACAAGAACAGCCUCAAGUUCCUGUCGGAGAGGGCCUUCGGGACCCUGCCCUCCCUCAAGUCUCUCUCUCUGGACCACAACAACAUCUCCUUCAUCACCCCUGGAGCCUUCAAGGGCCUCGGCAACUUGGUAGAGCUGAAAAUAGCGAACAACGACUACAUCAGUUAUCUUCAUACGCGGACGUUAUCGGGGCUGAAGAAGCUGGUGCGCCUGGACAUCUCGAACUGCAACCUCUUCAACCUCCCCGACCGCAUCUUCCUGGAGCAACCGGCGCUGAAGGAGGUGCUCUGCUUUGAGAACAAGUUCAGGAGGAUACCCGGAGCCUUCAGAGGCAUGGAGAACAUGACUCACAUCUACCUGGAGAGGAACAAGAUCGAGGCGGUGGCCUACAACUCCCUGCUGGGCCUGGGUGGUCUCAAGCACCUAAACCUCCAGGAGAACCGCAUCAACGUGAUCCACGACGGAGCCUUUCAGGACCUUGUGCGGCUGGAGAACUUCUACUUCAACGACAACCGGCUGACCGAUCUGCCCCGGCUCGCCUUCAAAGGCCUCGUCCGCCUCAAGAUGCUCAACCUUGGGGGGAACCAGCUAACCAACGUGUCCAAGACCUGGUUCGGCGACCUGGUGGAGCUGGAGGUCCUGUACCUGGACAGGAACCAGCUGUUAAACAUCGAGGAAGGCACGUUUGAGAACCUCACCAGCCUGAUCACGCUGCACCUGAACAGCAACAACCUCACCGCCCUUCCCUUCCCUGUUUUCCGGCCCGUCUACUUCCUGGGCCGCCUCUUCCUCUUCAGGAACCCCUGGGAGUGCGACUGCUCCCUGGAAUGGCUGAAGGAGUGGAUGGAAAGCUACAAGCUGGUGCGGGACAUCCCCUGUGCCUCACCUUCCUCCGUGGCGGGGCUGGAUCUCAGCGAGGUGGUUUUCGCCAAGGUGAACGGCUCGUGCGUGGACCCCGGCGAGCUGAACCUGACCACGGCCUCGUCGGAGAUCGCCUCCACCACGGAGAACCGCUUCAACAGCCUCAUUUCAAAAAUGCUCCAGCAGGAGAUCAGAGAGGAGAUGGGGAACGGCACGGAGAGCCUUCGCAACGGGACCCUGCUGGGGCCCGAGGAGGGCCAGAUCUCUGCAGGGGUCGGAGGGCGACGGGCCCAGGCCAGCCAAUCCAUUCUCUGCAUCAUUGCAGUGUGGCUCAUCUUUGAUUUGAUUGGCCGGUCAGAUAUGAAUUACUGUCGUUCCUGCACAUGAGAACAGUGGAAAAAGAGGGUUUUCUUCACAGAAACAACACGGAGUAGCUUUUCAAAUUGCUGCUGAGAUAAAAGAUGUUUUCAUUUAUCCGUGAGAGCACAGAGGAUGUGCGGCUGCUUGGGAGAUUUUUUAUAGCUCGGUAAACUGGAUAUUACCAGCUAUCCUUGGAGGGAAGACUGACCU